AUGAUGGAAAGUAUAAUGUCUCCUCUUCGGCUCCCCUCUCCUACACUUCCUCUUUAUCCUAGGGAUCAUGCACUCCCUGACACUCCAAACAUCAACCAAAACUUUAGGGAGUUUAAGGAAAUUAAAGAUAUGUUUGUUGACCUCGACAGCAUGAGUGGCGAGGCUGACCUGGAGGCAAGGCGAUGUGGCGGUGCUCAGGGCGGAGACGACCAAGAAGGUGGUGCUGAAAAUUGA